GCACUGCCGUGUAAAACAAAUAUAGUAGGAUUCCUUUCGUGCUGAUAUUGCUGCCUUUUGCUAGCCGUUUUUCUGUCUCUCAGCAAUGUCCGACAGGCGAGACGGAGAGCCGGCCGCGAAGCGCGUGCGACGCGAGGUGGACCCGGCCAUUGAGUUCCCAUACGAAUUGGACACGUUCCAGAAGACGAGUAUCGACGCCCUGGAAGACGGCGACAGCGUCCUCGUGUCGGCACACACCUCAGCUGGCAAGACGACCGUGGCCCUCUACGCCAUCGCAAAGGCGCUGCGUGAAAAGAAGCGUGUCAUUUACACCUCGCCCAUCAAGGCCCUUAGCAACCAAAAGUUUCGUGAAUUUUCCGAGAAGUUCGACUCCGUCGGCCUCAUGACCGGCGACACGACCAUCAAAGCGGACUCGGACUGCCUCGUCAUGACGACGGAGAUUCUGCGGAGUAUGCUCUACCGCGGCACGGAGAUGCUGCGUGAGGUGGGCUGCGUCGUCUUCGACGAGGUCCACUACAUGCGUGACAAGUCGCGCGGCGUGGUGUGGGAGGAGACGAUUAGCCUGCUGCCGGAGGGGUGUCAGUACGUCUUCCUCUCCGCCACUAUUCCCAACGCGCGGGAGUUCGCGGACUGGGUGGAGAGCAUUCACCCGGCGACGAAGGUGCACGUCAUCCACACCGACUACCGCCCUGUCCCGCUGCAGCACUACCUGUACCCGGCAGGCGCAGAUGGCAUUUUUCUCAUUGUGGAUGAAAAGGGAAAGUUUCGCGACGACAACUUCGGCAAGGCGAUGACGUCGAUGGGCGUCGAAGGCGGCAGCAACGGUAAUGCGGGUGGCAGUGGUGGUGGUGCUGGCGGUGGUGCUGGCGGUGGUGCUCGUGGAAACCAAAAAGGCGGUGGCCGCAGCCGUGGCGGGUCGUCGCAGUCGAUGAUGGAAAUUGUGAAGUUGGUGAUGGACCGCAACAUGUACCCCGUUAUCGUCUUCUCCUUUGCCAAGGCGGAGUGCGAGCGCAAUGCGCUAGCCCUCUCACGACUCAAUUUCAACAACACCGAGGAGGACGCGCUCGUGACGGAGGUCUUCAACAACGCGAUGGAGUCACUGGCCGAGGAGGACCGCAAGCUGCCCGCGAUUGAGCACCUCCUGCCUCUCCUGAAGCGCGGCGUCGGCAUUCACCACUCCGGUCUCCUUCCCAUUCUGAAGGAGGUGGUGGAGAUCCUCUUUCAGGCCGGCCUUGUGAAGGUGCUCUUCUCGACGGAGACCUUCUCCAUGGGUCUGAACAUGCCCGCUCGCACGGUCGUGUUCACCUCGGUCAAGAAGUUCGACGGCGAGAAGAACCGCUACCUCACCGGCGGCGAGUACAUCCAAAUGUCGGGGCGCGCCGGCCGCCGUGGCCUUGACCGCGUUGGCGUCGUCAUCGCCAUGGUGGACGAGGCGGUCGAGCCGGACACGCUGAAGCAGCUGACCGGCGGCGGCGCCGAUGUGCUCCUCAGCAGCUUCCAUCUGACCUACAACAUGGUGCUCAACCUGCUCCGUGUGGAGGACAUCGACCCCGAAUUCAUGAUGAAGCGCAGCUUUGCCCAGUUCCAGCGUCUGCGCGACAAGCCAGCGCUCGAAGAGAAGAGUGCCGCGCUGCGUACGUCCAUUGAGGGUAUCCGCGUCGAGCACGAGAGCGCAUUCCGCCAAUACACGAUCUGCGAGGGUAUGAUCGUCAAGAAGAAGGCAGAGGUGGACACCAUCCUGCGGCAGCCCAAGUUCCUGAAGAACUGGGUGCAGGCCGGCCGCUUCGUGCACAUCACCCGUGCGUCCGACCGGGUGGACUUUGGUUGGGGUGUCUGCCGCGCCUUCGCAGCAAAGAGCGCCAGCCCGGACUUCAGCGACCCGAGCUCCUUCUCCAUCACGGUCUCCGUCAUCUGCAUGAAGGCGGACGUCUCCAACCCGGCGGCGCUGACGCCGUGCCCGGUGGCGGCGUACACUUCCGAGAAGGCCGACCUUUACACGGUCACCUUCGACUUCGCCGAUGUCGAGAGUCUCUCCACGCUCAAGACGAACCUGCCGGCGCAGCCCGACGCGGAACAGGGCCGCGCACAGGUGGUGCAAAUUUUGUCGCGGCUGCAGCGCGAGUUCGCCGGCAACGUGCCGCUGUUGACGUCGGCGCAGAUGGGCGCCGAGGACGCGCUGCUCGCGAAGCUGCAGACGCAAGUGGCGAACCUGCAGAAGCAGCUGGACAGCAACAUCCUCGUUCAGUCCCCCUCGCCCGCACUGCAAGAAGAGUUUGAACAGUACAAGAAGAAGGAGCGGUUGGAGUCGCAGCUGGAGCAGGUGAAAGGGGAAUUAGCCGGCAUGGGCAAGGCCGUCUUCUCCGAGGAGCUGAAGCAGAUGAUGCGUGUGCUGCGCCGCCUGGACUACAUCGACAAGGACAACAUCAUCCUCCGCAAGGCCCGCGUCGCGUGCGAGAUCACCACCACCGACGAGAACGAGAUCCUCCUUACCGAACUGCUCUUCAAAGGUGUGCUGAACUCGAUGGAGACGGAGAUGAUUGUGGCCCUGCUGUCCUGCCUCGUGAACGUCCACCGCACUCCCGACGGCUUCUCGCUGCCGCAGGAGUUUGAGCAGCCGCUGAAGGACCUCAACGAAAUUGUCACCCGCAUCGCCACUGUCAGUGCGGAGAGCGGAUUGAUGCAGGAGAGCAGCUCGGUUGAAAAGGUACUGCCGUCGCUGAUGGAGGUGACGUAUCUGUGGGCGAAGGGUGCGAAGUUCGUGGACCUUGUCAGUAAGACGAACGCGUACGAGGGAGAGAUUGUGCGCAUGAUGCGGAGAUUGGAGGAGAUGCUUCGGCAGCUGGCCUCGGCUGCUCGCUCCCCCGCCAUUGGCAGCAUUGAGCUGCACGACAAGUUCCUGAAGGGAAUUCAGCUCAUUAAGCGUGACAUUGUCUUCGCCUCCUCAUUGUACCUGUAA